AUGGCUAAUUCAUUUGAGAUAGUUCUUCAGGUGCCUUUGGAGUGUCAGUCUUGCGUGGAGUCGAUUUCAACAGCUUUGAAAGCUCUCCCGGGAAUCUCGAAAUACGAUAUAAAUUUGAACUCUAACUUGGUGACAACAGAAGGUUCUAUUCCCCCAAGCACGAUUGUGAAAGCAAUUCAGGCAACAGGUAGAGAUGCCAUAAUUAGAGGUACAGGCAAUCCGAACUCUGCUGCCGUAUGUAUUCUAGAGUCAUUUGACGAAAAGGAUUUGAAGAAUCCAGUUAAAGGAUUGGCAAGAAUUGUCAGUGUCGGACCUGGCGACGUCUUCAUCGACUUAACUGUUAAUGGCCUACCUAAGGGUGUGUAUUAUCCCUCAAUUAGAUCGUCUGGUAAUUUAUCUGCUGGAGCGCUUUCUACGGGAAGUCUUUUCUAUGAUUUAAAUGAAAUAAAUGUUGAGACGCCAUCUGAUGAGUCUACCACCAUCAAUGCCAUUGGAGCAUCGAAAGAGCUCAAAUCAUACUCGGGUCAAGAAUUUUUGCAUGCUGAUCUUGACGUUAAUAAUUUAAUCGGCCGAAGUAUAAUCUUGUCCCGUCUCAAAGACAAGGUCUCGCCCGACUCUUUAUGCGGAGUAAUUGCCAGGAGUGCUGGUAUUUGGGAGAAUGAUAAGCAAGUGUGUAGUUGUAGUGGCAAAACUGUAUGGCAAGAGAGAUCUGAUGCUAUUUUAAAGGGCAUAAAGAUUUGA